GAUCCAUAGUGUGUCACAAGGUGACCAGCAUCGUUAUCAUCAGCGACGAGCCUCGAAUGAAGAAAGAAGCCCGCAACGUGCCCUUUUGGCGCUUACUACGUCUCAUGAUAUCAGUUAUAAGUCUCGCACGGGGAUGAAUUCAACGCCCUCUUCCUCUUCCUCUGUUAUCUUCGCUCCAGACCCCGCAAAUCGCCCGAAAACUACCAUGUCCUCUCAGCUUUGCAUCGAAUGCCAUCAGAAACCAAAGUUUACCAAUGGGAACACAGUGCACCCCUACUGCGGCAGGACGUGUGCUCAGGCUGCGAAGCAAAGCUCUACACCUACGAAGGGAGACGCCCUCUGUGAUCACUGUCAUGCGUUUCCCAAACGGGUUGAAGGAAAAGUGACCCACCCGUACUGCAGCAGGACAUGCGCCGAUGACGCUUUAUGCCUUAACUGCCAUAACAGACUCAAAUUUUGCGACAACGCAACCGGAAAGGUGCACGACUACUGCGGCAAGACAUGUGCGAUGAGUGCGCGCUCAGGACUUGGAGGCGGGAACCGUUCAACUAUAACUAGGCGGAACGUGGCAGUAGGCGGCGCAUCUCCCAAGAACGAGUGCCUAAUGCAAUGUGGUCGCGCCGCAUUUAGGAGGCACCAUUUCUGCAGUAGGUCCUGCGCCUCCAAGGCGGACAAGAAAGCGCCGACAAUCAUUGAGGUGCCUAAAGGACACAGCGUCUUUGAUAGUGUGGUUGACCAGUUCGAAACUUCGUGGCGAGACGGGACACCGUGUCCAACCGUCGAGCGGGUGUAUAGGGUAGUGAUUUCCGGUAACUUGGUACACAAGUACAAGGCGUAUCGUACCAAAAUAGAAGGAAAAGGGGACUUUUCUUCUAAAGGUGAAAGCCCAGGUAACGAACGUCGCAGGUGGCACGGUACGAAGCGUGCGUGUGCCCUAGGCGACAACGGGCACACCUCUCUCUGCACGUCCAGCGUAUGUUCCCUGUGUGCCAUCAUACGGACUUCGUACAAGAUGAAAUUCAUGGGAUCUAACACUGGUUGGGGAAGGUUUGGGCGGGGGAUCUACACAUCUUCAGCAUCAUCCAAGUCUGACGCAUACGCAAAAAACUUGGGUGCCUCGACCACAAAGGCGCUGAUCUUGAACAAGGUCGUAGUUGGAAAGGGAUACAAAACAACGCAGGACCAGCCAGCGUUCACAAGCCCUCCAGUGGGGUACGAUUCGGUGCUCGCGGAGCUAGGAGUAGGUUUGAACUAUGACGAGUUGGUGUGUUACACGGACGAUGCGAUUCGCCCUGCAUAUCUGGUCAUAUACGCCUAAUAUGCAGUGGGAUUGAUACCGUAGUUGUAAUCAUAGCGUUCGGUGAUGGACGUAGCAAUUGAUGCAAUAUGUCGACAGUAUUUCAACCUCGUCAGGGCGCUGCGGAUUCUCCGAAGACAAAUGUACAACAACAUUCACGACCAGUAUGAACAAGAAUAAUAGUACCGUGGAGUAACGUAUGUAUGCAUGCAGAGUAGGGUAUAUUACGAAACGAUAUAAGGUACGAGUUUUACGUACAGUGCGGUAUUGUGGUGUUAGAAUACUUGAGACAAUAGGAAAAUACACGGUAAAGGAAGUGGCAAAAGAAUUAGAACAUCAUGGAAACAGCGGCAAUAACGAACCAUGGUGACAACGGGUCUUCAAUCUAUAACAAUUGUUUCUGUAGGCCGGGGUGAGCGAUCGGAUUCGCGCUUGACACGCUUAGCGGGGCGGCCGCCCGGU